AUGGGCGCCGAGUCGAAGGGUAUCCUGAAGCCGAGUCGCUUCUCCGCGCAUGUGGAUGAACCAGCCGCGCACGCGGAUGAAGGGGACGCGACCCCGUCGGCUACGCAGACGACGCACUACAAGGAGUUCCACAGCAGAGUGGCGGAUGUCUUCGCCAACCUGGGACCGGGGAUCUGCGGGAGCGGCUCGACAGGCGGAGCUUCCGACCCGAAGGGCUCACAUCAGUCCCCCGCUGAAGCCGUUUGGAUGCCAGCAAACACCACCGUGACGCGCAGAGGCGCCAGAGACGACUACAGCGACGACGACGACGAUGAUGAGGACGAGGACGGGCGCAUCGGGCGCCCCAAGCGAAACGGGAACGACGACUCUUCCGACGACAGUCGGGACGAUCCCUCCGAUGAGGACGACGAAGAAGACCGACCCACGUUCGAUCACACCGCGUCCAACGCGGAGGUCAGCGAGGUCCGCCGUCAGCGGCAAAAAGCUCGCUGGGCCGAGGACCUGGACUGCCUGGAGAGCGACGAGGAGGGCGACGACGACCAGAAGAAGAUGGCCAAGCUCGGGCGGAGCGUCGGCCGGUGCUCCGCGCUCAACGACGAGGAGGAGUUCGACUGCUACGACACGCUCGCGAUGACGGGGAUGAAUCGAAGGCAGCCGAUGGAUCGCAACGGCGAGGGCGGGAUCGACGUGGCGAGGAUACGGAGGCUGGUCGAAGGCGACGACGACGAGUUCGAGGAGGUCGACAAGGAGGACGUGGGGUUCACGAAAGUUCUCGCGUCAAACGAAUACGAACGAAGGAUACUGGCGAGGGAGGGCAAGGACGCACCCGACGAGGACGAGGACGAGGACGAGGACGAGGACGAGGACGAGGACACACCCGACGAGGCCGCAGCCGCCGCUGCCGGAGUCGGAGCGGCGACGGUCGAUCCAGUCGCGGAUGGCGCGGCGGCGGCGGGGAGGCGUAAGCGGGGCGGGUUCGGCGGGGCGUACGUGCCUCCGAAUAAAAGGGCGAAGGGGGAGCCCGGGGCGGCGCCAACCCGCGGCGUCGCUUGGGACGAUUCCGUGCCCGAGGUGACAAGGCCCAGGUUUGGCGGGUCUCGCGGUCGCGGUGGGGGAAGAGGACGCGGCAGAGGCGUCCCCGAUCACGUCAAGAACCCCCACAAAUAUACGUGCUACACGCUCGACGAACCUCUGACAGUCGGCGGGGGCGGCGGUGUCGGGGACGGGUUUAAGGAGAUGGAGGCUGCCCGCCGCGCUGCUUCAGCGGCUGCAGCCGCGAGGGAUGCGACGCCUAACGAACGAUCGUUACCCGCGGCCCCGACGGAGAAGCCUGUUUUCCAGCUGUCGGCUGCAGCCGCGGCGAGACGGGACGCCAGGCGAGGGGAGAAGAAGAAAGCCGGGUCUGCGACUGUCGCGGGCGUGAAGAUAGACUUUGCGCACGACGAUGAGGACGAUGAGGGCGGCGCGGAGGAUGGGAAUCGUUCGGGGCUCGGCGGGAGUAAGAAGCGCGCGCGUAACUUCAGGAAGAAAGCCGCUGAGGACGACUGAUGA